ACAUGCUUGACAUAUAGAUAAUACAGCCCUCAUAAAUAUUGAGUGAACUGGAACAGGACGUAAAAACCAAAUGAAAAUGGCCGAAUUUUCAUCGUAAAAUAAUUUUGAGUGAUAAAAUUGCUUUUUUCAUGUUUACUGACAUUUAUCAAAUACAAAGAUAAAACACAAAAGCAAAAUGAGCGGUCGAUACCACGACUACGACAAAGGGUCGUCUCGAUCCGCGCGUGAUGAUUCUAGGAGGUAUGAAAGGGCGGAGGGACGGCGUGAGGAGAGGCGACGCUCCCGGAGUCGGUCGAGGUCUCCAAGACGACGAUACUCGCCCAAAAGCUCCUCAAGCCGCUCAUACAGCAGCCAAGAUAGGGACCGGCGAGAUUAUGAUAGAAAAGAAAGAACCAAGUCCCCUGCUGCAUGGGAGAGUGAUGAGGACGUACCAGCGCCGCCGCCUCCGCCUCGCAUCACUAAAAUAUCCAUUGGUUUCACUAAACCCAAGGCUCCCAUCAAGAUGACGCUCGGCGGACAGCCGAAGCCUGCGACUAUAACAAAGCCUGCUGUGGCAUCAGUAUUUAAUACUGAUGAUGAUGAUGAUGAACCAGAGGAAAUGCCGGCCGAAGCCAAGAUGAGGAUGAGGAAUAUUGGGAGGGAAACACCAACCUCAGCUGGACCAAAUUCUUUUGGCAAGACAAAACAAGGCUUCUGUGAUGCAAAGAAAGUGUUUGAGAAGAAUCUAAAACAAGCGCUCGAGACGGUGGACAAGCCUACAGGUUCAAAAUUCCCCCAAACCAUCUACAAGAUCAAAGGACCAUGAUUCAACAAAGCUAACUCAAAAAUUCUGUAGAUGUUUUUUGUACCAUAACUAUAAAGUAUUUUAGCUUAGAAUUUCCGCUUUGGUGCAUACAUAUCUGUUUCGCUGCAGGUGCUUUAAAUUGUGUAGAUUCAUAUUGACAAGAAACAUAGUAUCUUAAUGUUUUAAAUACUUUUUAAAUUAUUGUUAAUUUCAAUCAGGGUUCAUAAUUCUGAUAUUAGGAGUGAGCAUGAUCCAUACAUAAAUCUUUCAAAAUGACAAUUUCAAAUGUUUUAUGUGAACUUUUUAGGCUUCCAUAUUUGUAUCACUGGCUUCUCAUACCUGUUCAUAUACCUUUCCUUAGGGACUCCUAAAAGCAAUCUUGUGAAAAAAGAGUGACACUAACAAUCACAUGUGUUUUAUAUUGCUGUCAGACUCUCAAAAGGAAAGCUAAGUGAAAACUGUCUGGCCCGCAGUAUUCAAGUCAUAGCACACUAGUAAAUAAGCAAUAGCUUAGUAAUGUUUUUAAUGUACUAUGUCAAAGAAUAUAUACUCUAUCUGUUGUAAUUUGAAAUGAAUGUCCUUUUUUAAUCUAGUACAUUUACACACAGUAGUGGCGAAAGGUGAAAUUUUCCGAAAGGAAACCAGACACGGAUACUAAUAUGCAUGAUUGCUAUCUGAAAAUUUUAAUUAUUUGUGAGGUAUCGGGCUAAUGGAUCCUUCGCCACUUUGACACAGUUUUGGUAGAAUUUAUGAAACUAAGCCGUUCUUUCUUAUACGAAAUACAGACAUCAGCUAAAUCCAAGUUUUAUAAGGAUGAAACUCCGGUAUUCUAAUCAUUGAAAAAUGAUAUGGAACAUAAUAUUGUAUAUAGUGCAUUCACCAGUCAGUUACAGAAGUUUAAACAAUAGUAAGAACCUACUCAAUUGUUUCUUAAAUUUGGUGUCAUUUCUGAUUGUAAUUAAAUUUAAAAAAGCAUACUUAGCUCAUAGCUCCGUUUAUUGGAAAGGUAGAAGCUGAUUUACCAAUAAAUGCACUUAUCUAAAUUCAAAUGAGUUAAGAGUUGUAAAAUGCAAUCCUGAGUGAGUUGAUUACUUUUGUAUGCAAUGUUAAUAAUUAGGGCCUGUAUCACAAUUUUCACGUAAAUGUUAUCUGCGAGUUAGUGUGACGGGGCCUAUUUAAGAAACUUCUGAGUAAAUUCUACUUUUAACAUAUGUAUAAGCACCAAAUACAAAAGUCUCUAAUCUAUGCUCCCAUAUAAAAAGUAAUAAAACGUGUACCUACAUCAGCAUUUAAUACGAUAAAUAAAAUAUACUUUGAACUUGUGAAAUAGGCCCUUAGCUUCACUUCAGGAGUUUCACUUUUGUGUUUGGUCGCCUUACUUUAUAUUCGACGACAGGGGCGUAGCUACCCACGUACCAGCCAUAUCAAUGAUAAGGGGCCCCGAGCUUUGGGCCCCUCUUGGCCCAGACCUAACUAAGCAGGCGCCCAAAAGUUGGCACUGCCCAGAAGAGCCCCCAACAAAUUUUAAAUAUAGUCAUGACUCUUCUAUGUCAAGCUACGCUACUGUUCGACGAUAAGCGUUCUUGGAAAUCAGACAUCGUUAAACAGCACCUUACAAUAAGACAUUUUAAUUGCGAGUAUUGUACUUUAUCAAGCGUUCAAGCCAAUGAGCAGAAUUAACAGACCCUAGAAAUAUAUUUUAAACAUGAAAAGUACGUAAAUAUUGUUUAUAUUUCUGCAACUAAUUAGUACAAUAUACAAGUUGUAUACAAAUAGUACGAAAAUUCAGAUUUGUAUACAAAUUUGUCAGAUAUCGAAAACGGAUUUCUGUGUGGAAUUUGAUUGGAAUAAUAUUAUGGUCAUAAUCAAAUGGAUUGACAAAUUUUAUAUCAUGUUUACUAACGCGGGUCUUUGGUACUUUGUAUUGUUGAAUUUGCAUCUGUAUGGAAAUUUUUACUUUAUUGGCAAGUUGUGACUAGCAAAAUGAAAAUUUAAUUUUCAUCGAAUUGUGUUUUAAUUUGAUAUUGUAGUAGUUAAGUGUAUGGUAAUAAACUUUCGCGUAUUA